AUGAAAGGAAUCCUCUUUUUGACCUUCGUUUCUGUGGCUUUUGCCUGCGAUGCAUGGCCAAAUGGAACCGAAAAAGCUUAUACUUGGUGGUCUUCGUGUGGCGGUCCGGUACAAUACUAUUCAGCUAAAAUUACAGAUCUGAAUGGCAAAGAGGAAUACCCGAUUCGUUUGACGGAGCCCAUUGUUGUCACCGUUGAUGCGGAUAAUCAGGGAAAAGCUUACGAUGAGCCAAAUUUGCGUGCCACGGUGAAUCUCUGGUCGUGGGUGGUCAAUUCUUGCGGUUGGACCGCAGUUCCGACCUUGGGACUUCUCUCCGAUCUGGAUGCAUGUGAAGAGGGAGUGCCAUGUCCUGUGAAAACCGGCCGUCAAACUCUUCCACUGACGAUGGAUUUCACCAAAUUUGACAGUAUCAUUAAGCUGCUCAAAGACGAUCAACCCUAUCAAAUUCAACUACAGCUCAAUGACAAACUCUCUGGAGACAAAACUUGUGUGACGGCUCAAGCGAGAUGCAGGACUAAA